GACUGACGGACCGUCCCUCCCUCCUUCUCUCCCUGCAGGCGCGGCGCCGCUUUCGCAGCGCGGGGUGAAGCCCCUUGGAAGGGUUACUCCUGAUAAACGAAAUUCACAGUGCCCUUUGUUUACAUCCUACUUCAGAUUAUUUUAAACAUCAAGAGGCAGUGGCAGGAAACUGACAUGGGCAAACAAAUAUGGAACUUGCUGAACUACAAGUCUACAAAAAAAAUAAUAAAUAAAGUUCCACAUAACAAGAUGCAUUCAACACCUGUGAUUUUUAGCCUACAAAAUAAGUGUCAGGAUAUGAGAAAUUUUCCUGUAUUGGAAGGUAAAAUCCCUUCAUUCUGUAGACAUGUUUUUGAGGGCAAUGCGAAGAACUGCAAGACAUGUAUUGAAAGAUAUUCAGAGCUGUCUGAGAAGAUCCGCAAAAGCAGAAGAAAAAGUACAGUAUUGAUUCAUACACAGACGAAAAAGAAAUUGCUUGUUCAUGAACGCUUAAAAUUGCUUCUUGAUGACGAAUCUUUUCUUGAGCUUUCUCCUCUUGCAGGGCUUAAUAUGCCAUAUGGUGAUAUUCCUGCAGGAGGAUGUAUCACUGGAGUCGGAAGAAUAUCUGGAAUCUGGUGUUCUUUCAUGGCAAAUGAUUCAGUAAUAAAAGGUGGAACCAUUUAUCCUAUUACACUGAAGAAAAUACUAAGAUCUCAAGAAAUAGCAAUUAAAAAUAAACUUCCAUUUGUCUACAUAGUAGACAGUGGGGGAGCAUUCUUGCCACUUCAGGCUGAGCUGUUUGCUGACCAAUUCCAUGGAGGCCGAAUAUUCUAUAAUCAAGCUAUAAUGUCUGCACUGAAAAUCCCUCAGGUGUCAAUUGUAUGUGGAUCUUGUACUGCUGGAGGUGCUUAUAUUCCUGUGAUGUCAGAAGAAGCAUCCAUUGUAGAUAAAAUUGGGACACUGUUUCUCGGUGGUCCCCCUUUAGUUAAAGCAGCCACAGGAGAAGAUACUAAUCCUGAGGAAUUGGGAGGAGCCAGUGUGCAUGCUAAGGUCAGUGGCUGUGUUGAUCAUUUUGCAACUUCUGAAAAAGAAGCAUUUGAAUAUAUCAAAAAUGCUAUUUCAACACUGAAUUAUGUACUUCCUAUAGAAGAGAAUCUAGAAUUUGAUAAUCCCUUGUAUGGUGAUGAUGACCUCCUAGGACUUGCACCACAAGAUUAUAGUUACACAUUACAUAUAAAAUUGAUUCUGAGUCGGAUAAUAGAUGGCAGCAGAUUUCAAGAAUUCAAAGCUAAUUAUGGCAUAACUUUAGUAACAGGAUUUGCCUACAUAGAAGGGGAGCUUGUUGGAAUAGUGGCUAACAAUGGUGAGCUGACACAGAAUGCUUCUCUAAAAGGUUGCCAUUUCGUACAGCUUUGUAGCCAAAGAAACAUUCCUAUCCUGUUUCUCAUGAAUACUGCUCCAUAUACUGCAGAGACAACCAAUCUCAUGCAGGCAGAAGAUCAAGCUAAUAGGUUAAAGGCACAGGCCUCCAUGAUGGCCGCAGUUGCCUGUGCCUCUGUACCAAAAAUAACAGUUGUGAUUGGUGGCUGCUUAGGAAAUGAAAGUUAUGCUAUGUGUGGAAGAUCGUUUGAUCCAAACUUUCUGUUUCUUUGGCCGAAUGCAAGAAUUGCCCUUGUGGAUUCAAGACGUAGUUUCACAUUCACACAAAUGUGGAACAAUAACUAUUCAGAUACAGAAAUAGACUUUAAAGUAUUAAAAGGAAAGCUGCAAAAUGAAAGUACUGCACUUUACUCUUCUGCCAGAAUCUGGGAUGAUGGAGUAAUCUUGCCCCAGAGUUCAAGGAAGUUUGUCCAGUUGGAGCAUUUAUUCCUUCUAUCAACAUACCUUCAUUGUUGUUCUAAGGAAAGACAAAUAAGUGUCCUUUUUGGAUUUUCUUAUUCCAAACCCAGAAAAGCAGGAGUUCUGAAAAUAUUGUGGAAUCACAAGAGAUAGAUGUGCAAUAGUCUUUCAUAUGAUGAAGAUUAUAAUGAAACAUUCUUUUAAAACAAUAAAAUUCUUUAAGUUCACUCAGGCAAAGUGGAAAGCAAGGUAUCCAAAGAACAAAUUAAAAAAAAAACAAGUAAUGCUUUGUUAAGAAUUACUUUGAAAUAAUAAAAGUGAAAAAAAAGAAUUAGUUUUCUUACCAUGUCUGCAGAUAGUCAGCAAUCCUGUUUGGGGUAACUCAAUCCCUCCUUGGUAAGGAGGAACUGGAAAAACAUCCAUAGGGCCAUGCGUAGGUUAUUUAAGGCAUCUAUUAAAGUUACUUGGUUUCAUUUUGAGUUGGACUUAAAGUAACAGUCUUAAAGGUACUUGAGCUGGGAAGUUAGUUAUAUGGACUUGGUUAUAUGAACUUAAAAGGUAGACAAGGUCCUUGGGGUUGUAAGCACAGCCAACUAUGUAUUAUAUUCAUGUCCCACCUAGUUGAUCAAGAUUUUCCAAACGAAAACACAUUAUUGGAUCCAGGUGGUGAUGGAUUAUCUUUGAAGGAGAGAAUAGCCUUGCCAGCACUUAAGGAAGUAGUGCUCUUUUCUGUUCUCAAGAAACCUAUGGUAUUAGACAAUUUUCAUCCUGUCUUUAAUCUUCUCUUAUGGAAACAGUUGUUGGGGAAAGGUGGUCCACAAUGUCAGAGGCACAUUUCAGACGGAUAUAGGGCUAAGAUUGCAGACUUGUGCAUAAUUGCUGAUAGAAUCAGUAGGGAGAUAAUGUAUCCAUCCUGGCUUUUCUUCUAUUUUAAAACUACAUUUAAUGCAAUACAUUUUUGUAGUGGAAUAUUUUCAGAAGAUAUUGCCAUUUGUUUAUGCAAUAUUAAAAUGUAGUGGGUAUUUUUCUAUGAAGAAAAUAUGGUUCAUUUGAUGUCAUGAUGAGAAACAUGAGAGUUUCCGAGAAUGCAGUAAUCAGGAAUGUAAAACCCCUAGACAAAAAUUGUCUA